CUUACCCAAUCCUACCAAACUUGAGGGCUAUAAAGUGGCACACGAUUCAUGGUGUGGAAAAGACCUGGGGCACCCGUGAAAUCAAAUAUCUCUGAACAACACAAGAACCACACAUUAAAUUGCAGAGAUGAGGCUGCUCCUGGCUACACUACUGCUGGCUUCUGUAGCUGUCAUUCAAGCUCAGUGGUACAAUUUUCCAGGGGAGGCUAUCCAGGGGGCAAGGGACAUGUGGAAUGCCUAUUCGGACAUGAAGGAUGCCAACUGGAAAAACUCAGACAAGUACUUCCAUGCCCGGGGAAACUAUGACGCUGCCCAAAGGGGUCCUGGUGGCAAAUGGGCAGCUGAAGUGAUCAGCGAUGCCCGUGAGGGAUGGCAAGGAAAUAGUGGCCGGGGGCAUGAAGACUCUGAAGCAGAUCAGGUGGCCAAUCGCCAUGGCCGUGAAGGAAACGAUCCAAACCACUUCAGACCUGCAGGCCUCCCUGACCAAUACUGAAUCUGUCAUCUUCACUACCCGACUGCCAGAAGAAUGUGUUUGAAUAAAAUAGAUUACCUGCA